AUAGAAUCAAUUACAUACACAGUGUAUAUAUAAAGAGAGAGAGGGAGAAGGAAAGAGGAAGAGAGAGAGGCGAUAGAAGAGCGCCAGCGCCACCCCACACAGAAAAACAACACACCAAAAACCCUAGAGAAUUAUCGCGGCGACUCGGGAAGAUGGACGCCGAGUCGACUCAGAUUCAGCAGGCGCAAUUGGCAGCUAUAUUGGGGGCGGACCCGGCCCCGUUCGAAACCCUGAUUUCUCAUCUGAUGUCUUCCUCCAACGACCAGCGAUCCCAGGCCGAGUCAGUCUUCAAUUUGAUUAAACAGAACGAUCCGAACUCGCUCGUGCUCAAACUCGGCCACCUUAUCUCAUCGUCCGUGCACCAGGAGGCGCGCGCCAUGGCCGCGAUUCUCCUGCGGAAGCAAUUGACCCGCGAUGACUCGUAUAUCUGGCCGAACCUCACCGAGUCCACUCGCUCCGCUGUUAAAAACCUCCUGUUGUCCUCACUCCAGAGCGAGGAGUCAAAAUCGAUUAUUAAGAAACUGUGCGAUACCGUCUCGGAACUUGCUUCUUCGCUCGUGCCGGAGAAUCAGUGGCCGGAAAUCCUGCCGUUUAUGUUUCAGUGCGUGACGUCUAGUGCUCCGAAGCUGCAGGAAUCCGCAUUCCUGAUGUUCUCACAACUGGCGCAAUUCAUCGGGGAAACGUUGAUUCCGUAUAUCACUGAUUUGCACACUGUUUUCCUCAACGUGUUGAAUAAUUCCUCCGAUUCAGAUGUGAAGAUUGCUGCGUUGAGUGCUGUCAUCAAUUUUAUUCAGUGCUUGACGAGCUCGAGCGAUCGCGAUAGGUUUCAGGAUUUGUUGCCAGCUAUGAUGAGGACAUUGACGGAGUCGCUGAACUCGGGGCAGGAGGCUACUGCGCAGGAGGCGUUGGAGCUGUUGAUUGAGUUGGCUGGGACGGAACCGAGGUUUUUGAGGAGGCAGAUUAUGGAUGUUGUUGGUGCUAUGUUGCAGAUUGCCGAAGCUGAGAGUUUGGAGGAAGGCACGCGUCAUUUAGCAAUUGAAUUUGUGAUUACAUUAGCGGAAGCAAGGGAAAGAGCACCUGGGAUGAUGCGCAAAUUGCCGCAGUUCAUUAGCAGGCUUUUUGCCAAUUUGAUGAAUAUGCUUUUGGAUGUGGAGGAUGAUCCUGCGUGGCACAGUGCAGAAGUCAAGGACGAGGAUGCAGGGGAGACAAGUAAUUAUAGUGUUGGGCAGGAAUGCUUAGAUAGGCUCUCUAUAGCGCUUGGUGGGAAUACAAUUGUCCCUGUGGCAUCCGCGCAGUUUCAAACGUGCUUUUCUUCUCCUGAGUGGCAGAAGCAUCACGCAGCACUCACUGCACUUGCACAGAUUGCAGAGGGUUGCUCCAAGGUGAUGGUUAAGGAUUUGGAACAUGUGGUGAGCAUGGUCUUGAAUUCCUUUCAACAUCCUCAUCCACGUGUGAGAUGGGCAGCAAUUAAUGCAAUCGGUCAGCUAUCAACAGACUUGGGUCCGGAUUUGCAAAUUCAGUUCCAUCAGCAUGUGCUGCCAGCUCUAGCUGCAGCUAUGGAUGAUUUCCAAAACCCUAGAGUACAGGCACAUGCAGCUUCAGCGGUUCUUAACUUCAGUGAAAACUGCACUCCAGAAAUUUUGACACCUUACUUAGAUGGGAUAGUGCACAAACUUCUUCUACUUCUUCAGAAUUCCAAGCAAAUGGUUCAGGAGGGUGCCUUAACUGCUUUAGCUUCGGUAGCUGAUUCAUCUCAGGAACACUUCCAGAAAUAUUAUGAUGCAGUUAUGCCUUACUUGAAAGUUAUCUUAGAGAAUGCCACAGAUAAGUCUAACCGCAUGCUUCGUGCAAAAGCUAUGGAGUGCAUCAGCUUGGUGGGGAUGGCUGUUGGGAAGGAGAAAUUCAAGGAGGAUGCUAAGCAGGUAAUGGGAGUGCUUAUGUCACUGCAAGGAUCACAAAUGGAGACCGAUGAUCCUACUACCAGUUACAUGCUACAAGCAUGGGCCAGACUUUGCAAGUGCUUGGGCCAGGAUUUCCUUCCUUAUAUGAGUGUGGUCAUGCCUCCUCUGCUUCAGUCUGCUCAGCUAAAGCCUGAUGUUAUCAUUACAUCUGCUGAUUCAGACAAUGAAAUUGAUGAAUCAGACGAUGAAAGCAUGGAGACCAUAACCCUUGGGGAUAAAAGAAUUGGGAUUAAGACUAGUGUCCUAGAGGAGAAGGCCACCGCUUGCAAUAUGUUGUGCUGCUAUGCUGAUGAGUUAAAGGAAGGUUUUUACCCAUGGAUCGAUCAGGUUGCCCCAACAUUGGUUCCUCUUUUGAAAUUUUAUUUCCAUGAAGAAGUCAGGAAGGCUGCUGUCUCAGCAAUGCCGGAGCUGUUGCGGUCUGCAAAACUGGCUGUCGAUAAAGGAAUUGCUCAGGGUCGUAAUGAGACUUAUGUUAAGCAGCUCUUAGACUUCAUUGUUCCUGCUUUAGUGGAAGCCUUACACAAGGAACCUGAUAUAGAGAUCUGUGCAAACAUGUUGGAUGCGCUGAACGAAUGUGUGCAGAUUUCAGGAUCUCUUUUAGACGAGAGCCAGGUUAGAAGCAUUGUGGAAGAGAUAAAACAGGUGAUCAUAGCUAGCUCAAGUAGAAAAAAGGAGAGAGCUGAGAGAGCCAAAGCUGAAGAUUUUGAUGAUGAGGAGGGAGAACUUCUUAAAGAGGAAAAUGAGCAAGAAGAAGAAGUAUUUGACCAAGUUGGUGAAAUAUUGGGAACUUUAAUUAAAACAUUCAAGGGCUCCUUCUUGCCAUUCUUUGAUGAAUUGUCAUCAUACCUGAUGCCUAUGUGGGGAAAGGACAAAUCGGCUGAAGAGAGAAGGAUUGCCAUUUGCAUCUUUGAUGAUGUAGCUGAGCAAUGCCGUGACUUAGCUCUGAAGUAUUAUGAUACAUAUCUGCCAUUCCUCUUGGAGGCAUGCAAUGAUGAAAACACAGAUGUCCGACAGGCUGCUGUAUAUGGACUCGGAGUGUGUGCUGAGUUUGGAAGUUCUGUGUUUAAACCACUUGUUGGAGAGGCUCUUUCGAGGCUCAAUGUAGUUAUUAGGCACCCAAAUGCUUUGCAGCCGGACAAUGUGAUGGCAUAUGAUAAUGCUGUUUCAGCUCUUGGAAAGAUAUGUCAGUAUCAUCGUGAUAGCAUUGAUUCAGCUCAGGUGGUUCCCGCCUGGUUGAAUUGUUUACCUAUAAAGGGUGAUGUUAUUGAGGCAAAAGCUGUUCACGACCAGCUUUGCUCAAUGGUUGAGAGGUCUGAUUUGGAACUUUUGGGGCCCAACAAUCAGCAUCUCCCGAAAAUUGUUUCUGUUUUUGCUGAGGUUCUCUGUACUGGCAAGGAUCUUGCCUCGGAGCAAACUGCCAGUCGAAUGGUAAAUUUGUUGAGGCAGCUACAACAGACACUGCCUCCAGCAACCCUGGCCUCUACAUGGUCGUCCUUGCAGCCUCAACAGCAGCUGGCAUUGCAGACAAUUCUCUCAACGUAGUGCUCGUGACUGAUGAUGCGUGUAGCAAUCGUUGAUUUCAUAUUGAGUUGUUGGUUGUGGUUUGUGCCGGUCAAGCCUUUGUUCGUCCAUUCUUUCUGAUGAGAGAGACGUUCCGCAUUCUUUUGCACAAGUUUUGGUCGAGCCCUCCAUUUCAACACGAAAUGGAGGAGAGUCUGUGGACUGUAUAUUACAAGAUCACCGGUGUUGCAUCCAAAAACAGGUGGAAUCCGGUGCUCUUUUAUUUAUUUGUGGGGUUUUGUGAACAUUUGUGCUAUUUGUGGAUUGCCAUAGAGGUAAUUCCUGUCUCAGUUUUGGUCAAAUAAUUCAUUUUUGUACUUUUAUUUUUGUUACAUCUGUGAUUGUUAAUAGUACAGGGAUUUGGCAAAAACAUUUUAUUUGUUGGAAUUCUUGUUUCCAAAAAGUCAUAUUUGUACUUGUAAUAUAUAUUCAUUUCUACAAUA